AUGGCUGUUUACGUGUACCUAGACUUAGAACAGUUAGAAAAUGUCAUAAAAAAAUAUAGACGGCAACAUGAUGAAGUAUCAAGUGAAACCAAUAUUGCUUACCUGAAGGAUAUACCGUUUGAUGAUCCCGCCGUCAGCUCUGAUGAUGAUGAUGACGAUGAUGCGACACCUAAACAAGUCAACACGAAACCUGGCUCUAAACAGAACUGGUUCCAAAAUUCUGUGCACACAUACAACCACAUAAAAAUAAGUCCAGAUGCCCCAGAUUUUAAGGACUUUAUGCCUCUGACCAAAGUAGCUCAAAAUGGGAGUCAAUGGUGGUUUUAUAACCAA